AUGACUUGUCAGACCUACAGCUUUCUUGUUCUGUCUGUCAUCAUGAUUUAUUUUGGACGUUUUGGAAAUAGCUUAAUCCUUGCUCAACUUCAAGAUGAUAUAGACCAACUGAAAGCUGACUUUAACUCAAGUCAUUCAGACGUAGCUGACGGUGGACCUAUUUUUACAGAUAAACUGAUAAACUGGACAGAGAGAAAUGAAAAAAGGAUCAUCCUGAGCCAGAUUGUUUCCAUGUACUUGGAAAUGCUUGAAAAAACUGCCGAGAAAAAGGCGCACGCCAGGCAUAUAGUCGAGGAGCUCUAUACUCUGAAAGCAAGCCUUCCUGAUGGCUUACAGAAGGUGAAAGACCUCAUGGACCUCUCAAAGAUUCAGAUGAGCGACCUGAGAAUUCAACGCAAAGCUGCGAACGAGCUGUUCAGCGUCUUACAAAAACUGGUGGAGACUUCAACUUCUCUCAAAAGGAAAAGGAGCCAGUCUCAGAGGAGGUGCAAAUGCUAA